CCAACGAAGAAGGACGGCGAGGAGGUCAGGGUGACUGCUUAGAAAAUUGCACAGCCCACCAACUGCUGAUGAAAUUAGCGAACAAGCCAAUCAAUCAUGUCUCACACUGCGGGAAUUGGUGGUGACCCUGCCCAGCUGGCCCAGCGUAUCUCUUCCAACAUCCAGAAGAUCACACAAUGUUCUGCGGAAAUACAGAGGACUCUGAAUCAACUUGGAACACCUCAAGAUUCACCUGAAUUGAGGCAACAGCUGCAACAGAAGCAGCAGUAUACGAACCAACUUGCCAAAGAAACAGACAAGUACAUUAAAGAGUUUGGAUCUCUGCCUACCACCCCCAGUGACCAGCGUCAAAGGAAAAUACAGAAGGAUCGCUUAGUGGCUGAAUUCACAACAUCACUGACAAACUUUCAGAAGGUGCAGAGACAAGCUGCUGAGAGAGAGAAAGAAUUUGUUGCUCGAGUAAGAGCCAGUUCCAGAGUGUCUGGUGGUUUUCCUGAGGAGAGCACAAAAGAAAGGAAUCUUGUGUCCUGGGAAAGCCAAACUCAGUCUCAAGUGCAGGUGCAGGAUGAAGAAAUUACAGAGGAUGACCUCCGCCUUAUUCAGGAGAGAGAGUCUUCUAUUAGGCAACUCGAAGCUGAUAUUAUGGAUAUUAAUGAAAUAUUUAAAGAUUUGGGAAUGAUGAUUCAUGAGCAAGGAGAUGUAAUAGAUAGCAUAGAAGCCAACGUGGAAAAUGCCGAGGUGCAUGUCCAGCAAGCAAACCAGCAGCUGUCAAGGGCAGCAGACUAUCAGCGCAAAGCCAGGAAAACCCUGUGCAUCAUCAUUUUUAUCCUUGUUAUCGGAGUUGUGAUUUUCGGUCUCAUCAUAUGGGGAGUGAAAGACUAAGGUUGUAAAGGAGCACACUGUUGCACUACAUUAUGUAAAUUAUGUAGGAAGAGUCCUUUAAUCAUGGUGGGGUUUUUUAUUAUUAUUAUUAUUAUUAUUUGAAACCUGUUGCCUAAAGGAUGUUUCCCAUACUUUGUUAUUUUCAUUUGGGGGGAAGUUUUCUUUGGAUUACAUCUGGUGUUUUCUAAUAUUGAAAGUUUUUCUAAACAUCACUGCUGGCGUAAC